GCUUAAACAAAGUGACACAUAGUUGUUUGGUGUGUGUGUUUGUUUUAUACACAAUGUUAACAAACCUUAAUCCUCCAACUUCUAUAACUGAUGUUCUGUUUCAUAAAUAACUAAUUCCCUGUGUGGAUGUUUCACAUUCCACUGACACUUGAGCCUGAGUCCCAUCUAUUUCGGUCGCAGCCUGCGGGUGAGCGUUGAAUGCUCGCUUGAGUUUUCGGACAGCAAUGGUUGUUCACAACAGACUGGAUUACUGAAUUGUCCAGUCACUCUCCUCAUGGACCUGUUCGAGAUCAGAGGAGGAGGAGGAGGAGGACUGGAUGUGAUUUCAGAGGAAGCCGAGCACCAGGAGUCUAGAGAGCUGAAAGCCAUGGAUCCCUACAACGUGGCAUCGGACAGGGGAAGAGGAGCCGCCCGGGACGUUUCCACCUUCCAGAGGUUUUCUGUCGACACCAACGAGUCCCUUCGAUUUGAGCCCUGUGAGGACAGCCCUCCCUCCCCCACGGGGGCAGAAGAUGGAUAUGAUGAUGAUGAUGAUGUGUUCAAGGAGGGAGAAACCGAGCGGGAGAUUGUCACGACCAGGAGUCGGUUGCAAGGGAAGGUUGCGGAGAUGGAGAACUUCGCAGGUCAUCUGGAGGAAAUCUUUCUCACCGUGGAGGAGAAUUUUGGCCGUCAGGAGCAGCACUUGGAGCAGCACUACAACGACGUGCUGCAGACGCUGUCGCAGCGAUACGACGAGCGGGCAGCUGGACUGGAGGAGGAGAAGAAGGGCAAACUGGAGGCCCUGUACGGUCAGCUGCUGGUGUGUGGUCGGGCGCUGGACGCCUCCAAGGAGCUCAUUGAGACGGCCCAGGAGGUUUACCGCAGCCAGGACAAGAGGCUUUUUCUGAAGGCAGUCAAGCCCACCAUUAAAAGAAUGGAGGAGUUUGCCAAAGAGGAGGUGGACCUCACGUUGUCCACACGUCUUGAGUUUGACACUCCACUUGCCGAUAUGUCCGAUGUGAAAACCAUGAUGGACUCGAUCAAUGUUGUUCCAGCUCCAUCUGCCCCAGUGAUCAACCCGCAGAUGCCCAACUCGGCGAGCCAGACGUCCCUGCGUGUGUGCUGGAGCUUGUUCUCCGACGACACAGUGGAGUCCUACGAGCUUUACUACAGACCCGUGCUGGAGGACACACCAGCGGACAGCACCUGCGCACCAUACGUAAACAGGGUGAAAGUGAGGAAACCGUUGCAUUCCUUUCCAGUAAACAGGGUGAAAGUGAGGAAACCUUUGCUUUCCUUUCCAGUAAACAGGGUGAAAGUGAAGGAGACCCACUGCACCGUGACAGAUCUGCUGCCCAACGCUCAGUACGAGCUGUGGGUGACCGCGACCAACACCACAGGCAUCAGCCCAGCGAGCGAGAGGGCCUUAUACAUGACAGUGCCGUCGCCUCCGGUGAUCAAGCGGAGGGAGUGUACUAGCUGUCCGGAGGCUGCUAUGAUCCGCUGGGAAUCAGGGAACACCAACCCCGUAGACUCCUACACCGUGGAGCUCAGUGAGACGAGCACUGACGGCACAGCGGGCGGCGUUACCGAGUCUAUAGUGGCUGUGCCCACUUGUCAGUGUCUAAUCCAGCUGCAGACAGGACGCCGUUACCUCAUCGCUGUGAGAGCAGUCAACAUCGGCGGGCCCAGCGACAAGAGUGACGUCAUCACUGUCUCCACAACAGGUACAUUCUUCCAUCUUCUGGAGGACACUGCUCAUCCUUGCCUGUCCAUCUCCGAAGAUGGCUUCACCAUGUUUUAUGGAGACGAGGAGCUCCCUAUAAGUGCCAUGGCCCUGGAUGACACCUUCACCAGAUGUGUGGCUGUCCUGGGAGAUCUGAUUCCAGUGAGAGGCAGGCACUACUGGGAAGUUGAGGUGGAUGACGGGACGGAGUUUAGGAUUGGAGUUUCGUACGAGGACACGGAGAGGAACUCGUUCCUCGGAGCAAACAAAACCUCCUGGUGCAUGAGACACAUUCUCAGUCCAUCCAGGCACAAGUACGAGUUCCUGCACAAUGGUUGGAGUCCCGACCUGAGGAUCACAGUGAACCCUGUGCGGAUAGGAGUGGCACUGGACUACGAGAGGGGAACGUUGUCCUUCUUCAACGUGGCUCUGGAGCAACACCUACACACCUUCCAUUGUCACUUCCAGAAUUAUGUCCACCCUUGUUUUAGCCUGGACAACCCGGGAGCUUUAACUGUGCACAACAGCAUAGAGGCUCCUGAGUACACGUUCAUCUGAAACCAGCAAUCAGACUCUAGUAUUACAAUGAAAUAAAAGCCUGGAACGAAACGACA